GAGUCUGGGUAGUACGGUACAGAUAAAGCUAUUUGUGUCUGCGGCGGGAUUAAUCGUUUCCUCGUACAGCGAUUGCUCCAGACGUAAUCCGGAAAGCUCACACAGAAUGGCCCAAGGGAUACCAAGUGAUCUUCUGAUGAAUGCAACCCUCAUAAAUGAUUUAGCGGUUGUGGCAAAAGAUGCUGCACUUUUACAAGGUGUCCUUAUGAGGGUUAAAGAAUCCCCCAACUCCUCAGAGGUGGUGACAUAUGCCCCCUUCACGCUCUUCCCCACACCUGUGCCGAAAGCUCCUUUCCUCCAAGCCAUGGCAGUGCAAACUCAUUACAACACACUGGUUGAUAAGAUCAGCCAAGAUCCUGACUUCCUGCAAGCGGCUCUUGCCAGCACCAUUGCUGUGGAUGAUUUCACUGCAAGAUUGUUCAAGAUCCACCAGCAGGUCCUGAAAGAAGGAAGGUUGCAGUCAAUUGUGUUGGGUCUGAAUCGAUCCGAUUACAUGCUGGACCAGAAGGAGGAUGGACACACGUCUCUAAAACAGAUCGAGAUCAACACUUUUGCCGCUAGCUUUGGAGGCCUCUCAUCACGAAUGCCUGAUGUACACCGACACAUUCUUAGGGUUGCUGGCCGGCUGGAAGAGAGCCAGCGCAUCAUUGACAACAACCCAGCAGUUGGUCUGGCCAAGGCCGUGGCCAAGGCCUGGGAGCUCUAUGGAUCAAAGCAAGCGGUCGUCAUGUUCUUGGUGGAGGAGAACCAGAGGAACGCCCUGGAUCAACGAUUUAUUGAGAAUGAGCUGUGGAAAAGGAAUAUUGCCACCAUACGAAAGCGUUUUGAGGAUGUCGCUGAAUCCGGAAACCUUGAUCAGGACAAGAGACUGUUUGUUGAUAGCCAGGAAGUUGCGGUGGUCUACUUCAGGAAUGGCUACAUGCCUCAGAACUACGAGUCUGAAAAGGCUUGGGAGGCUCGCCUGAUGAUGGAGUGCUCUUUGGCUGUGAAGUGUCCGGAUAUCAGCACCCACCUGGCUGGAACAAAGAAGGUGCAGCAGGUGCUUGCUAAGCCCGGUGUUCUGGAACACUUUUUCCCUGACCAGCCACAGAUAGUGGCGCAAGUCAGGGCCACAUUUGCUGGCCUCUACACUCUGGACAUGGGAGCAGAAGGCGACAAAACUGUUGCAAUGGCUUUGGCGACGCCAAAUCGGUUUGUCCUGAAGCCUCAGCGAGAAGGAGGAGGAAACAACAUUUACGGACAAGAGAUCUGUGAGGUUCUUGGCAAAGUGAAGGACAGUGCUGAGAGGACGGCCUUUAUUCUGAUGGAUAAGAUCCAGCCCGUGCCCACACAGAACUACUUGCUGAGAAGAGGCACGCCCCUUCAAAUUAGUAAUUGUCUCAGUGAGCUGGGCUUCUUUGGAACCUAUGUCAGGCAUGGUAAAGACAUGGUGAUGAACGACUGUGUGGGCCAUCUUCUGAGGACCAAAAGUUCAGAACACUUGGAUGGUGGGGUCGCAGCAGGAGUGGCAGUUUUGGAUAACCCGCUCCUCUUCUGAGAAGGUGCACUGGUAUUUGGAUGACAACAGAAGUCGCUCAAAUGCACCAUCUUUUUAUGUAUUUCAUAGGAAUACCCACUGCUACCUCAUGCAAGUCUACGUUGAGAAAGGAAAAAGUCAAAUGGCAGUUGUGGCAAUCAUCUACAUUGAUAAUUUCAAAAGUUAAUCAACAUUUGUGAUUGCAGAAAUUCAAGGCGGGGUGAAUGACAACUACCGGUACUUAUGAUUUCAGUUUGGGAUUUUUUUUUAGGCAUUUUUUUGAUGUGAUUUAUUUUGGGGUUUUUUUGUUUUGUUAAUUUGGUAUGUUUUUUGGUAUCUUCAAAUAACAAGGAAGCAGCAAAAGGCUGGGAAAAGUUGUUGAAGCUUGAUGAAAUUAGUUUUAAAAUGUUAUUCACAUCCCUGCUAAUGUAAAUCUGAAAAUAUUAUUAUUAUAGGAUCCUAGUAUAAUCGACGGUCUUGCUCACGAAAGACAGAAAACCUCCAAAAAUGAUGGACUUAACACGGACAGAAGUGGGUUUUCCACCAUCGGUCUCAUCGUCACCAACUCGGUACCGCCAAGCUUCCUAAACAGGCCCAAAAAUACCCACAAUAAGUUAAAUCCAUGACAAUUAUAGUUUAUCUGGGCUCGAAAAAAAUGAUUUGUAAAAUAUUUGU